UUUUCUCACAAGGGGAGGAGUCAGAUGGACCUGCUGACUUAGCUAGUGAAUGCACUUCCUGCUGGGCAGCCCUUCUUGUUAACUUUAUUUUAUAAAAAUUUAAGUGACAGUCUCUCCCUCUGCCUAGAAAGUCAGGCCCUUUUCUAUGGCUGGAAGAAGGCUCCAGCCGCAGCCGCAGCAGCGAUGGGACAAACUGCUCACCUUCCAGCAUUUCCAGACUACUUCUCUCUCAAGGCACAGUUAUGGUUAUGACCAAGGCAGCAUGAAAGCACUGAUAGAGGGUGAAUUCGGCAGAUUGAGAGGAAUUACAUACCUUGACCAUGCAGGAACCACCUUGUUUCCACAAAGUCUGCUUACAAGCUUUAUGGAUGAUCUAACUAAAAAUAUUUAUGGUAAUCCUCACAGCCAACAUAUCAGCAGCAAACUUACUUAUGACACUAUUGAACAUGUGCGGUAUAGGGUUUUGGAACACUUUAAUACCACUUCUGAAGACUACAGUGUCAUUUUUACCUCAGGAAGCACAGCUGCACUCAGAUUAGUGGCAGAGGCUUUCCCAUGGAGGUCAGCCAGCUCCGGGAGCCAGGGGAGCAGGUUUUGUUACCUGACGGACAGCCAUACCUCAGUGGUGGGCAUCAGGAAGGUAACUGAGGCAGUGCAAGUGUCAGCCAUGUCUGUGAAGCCAGAGGAUAUUUUGUUGUCAGACAAAAGCAACGGAGCAGUUUAUGAACCAGCCUGCAAGACUCCUCACCUCUUCUGCUACCCAGCUCAGAGUAACUUUUCAGGAACUAGGUACCCUCUUUCUUGGAUAGAAAGCCUCAAGUCUGGGUCUUUGAGCCCCAUGACCACGCCAGGGGAAUGGUUCGUGUUACUUGAUGCAGCCUCCUAUGUCAGCACCUCUCCCUUAGACUUGUCAGCCCACCAGGCCGACUUUGUCCCCAUCUCAUUUUAUAAGAUCUUCGGAUUUCCCACCGGUUUAGGAGCACUGCUGGUCAAUAAUCGAGUUACUCACCUCCUCCGGAAGACCUACUUUGGUGGAGGAACUGCUGCUGCGUAUCUUGCUGGAGAAGAUUUUUAUGUUCCCAGAGAAUCUGUAUCAGAAAGGUUUGAAGAUGGUACAAUUUCUUUUCUUGACAUUAUAGCAUUGAAACAUGGAUUUGAUGUGCUAGAAAGACUGACAGGUGGAAUGGAAAACAUAAAACAACAUACUUUUGCCUUGGUUCACUACACCUACACAGUGCUGGUCUCUCUCCAAUACCCAAAUGGAGCACCUGUGAUUCAGAUUUAUAGUGAUACAGAAUUCAACAAUCCCCAGACCCAAGGUCCAAUCAUUAACUUUAAUGUGUUGGAUGACAAUGGAGACAUCGUUGGUUAUUCCCAGAUAGAAAAAAUGGCCAGCCUUCACAAUAUACACGUUCGGACUGGAUGUUUCUGUAAUACGGGGGCAUGCCAGAGGCACCUGAAGAUCAGCAAUGAGACCAUUAAAAAGAAUCUUCAGGCUGGUCAUAUCUGUGGGGAUGACAUAGAUAUCAUCGAUGGUCAACCCACUGGCUCAGUAAGAAUAUCAUUUGGUUACAUGUCAACUUUUGAAGAUGCUCAGACUUUUCUGAAGUUCAUAAUAGCAACCAGGUUAGGUAAAGCAGACAGUAGACUUCCCUUUGCAGUGACUCCUGGGAAAACUGAUGCCAUAUCAGUAGAACCUGUGGAACGAGACGCAAGGGUCAACAGGAAUGAACCUGGGAAAUGUCUUCAGGAAGAUGUCCUCCUCCAGGAUGGACUGAACAAUUCCUCUGUGACUGUGAAAAGCAUGGAUUUGCAUCCUCCUAAGACUGAGCCAGAAGGUGGCCAACACAUUGCUCCAUUGGUUUCUACAGCAGCACUAGAUGGAGGGUUCCUACCACUUACCAUCACCAACAUUUUUAUUUACCCCAUCAAAUCUUGUGCUGCCUUGGAGGUUACCAAAUGGCCAAUUGGAAAUCAAGGAUUGUUAUAUGAUCGAAACUGGAUGGUGGUGAAUCACAAUGGAAUUUGCCUCAGUCAGAAACAGGAGCCUCGACUCUGUUUAAUUAAACCCUUAAUAGACCUGAAACAAAAGAUUAUGGUCCUCACAGCUGAAGGGAUGGAAUCUAUAGAUGUGCCUCUAGAUGAAAAUAGUGGAGAAGAGUAUCAGAUUUGUCAGAGCAAAGUCUGUACAGACAGGGUAAAUACAUAUGAUUGUGGGGAAAAAAUUUCACAGUGGUUAUCAAAUUUUUUUGGCCGUCACUGUCGUUUGAUCAAACAGAGUUCAGAUUUCAACAGAAGUGCAAAUAAAAAACAUAGAAAAGAUCCAUCUCAUUCUACAACAGCCUCCCUUUCUUUGGUAAAUGAAGCACAGUAUCUCCUGAUAAACCGAGCUAGUAUUUUAGAGCUUCAUCAGCUGUUAAAUGCAAGUAAUGAAAAUGGAACAGAAGAAUUAUUGUCAAUGAGAGAGCUAAUUCAACGUUUCCGUGCCAACAUAGUAAUCAAUGGAACUAAAGCUUUUGAAGAAGAGAAAUGGGAUGAGAUUUCUAUUGGCACCCUAAAUUUUCUGGUGUUAGGACCAUGUCACAGGUGCCAAAUGAUUUGCAUUGAUCAACAAACUGGAGAAAGAAACCAAGAUGUAUUUCAAACACUUUCUUAUACUAGAGAGAGGAAGGUUAACUUUGGGAUAUACUUGAUGCAUGAACCUUCAGACUCAUCUUCAACAUAUUUCCUCUCAGUGGGAUCACAGUUGCUUCCUGUUUUAAAAGAUACAAAAAGCUCUCUACCAAGCUCUUGAGGAGUGGUCUGACAUCAAAAUGAUAACAUCUGAGGCAACAUUUGUAGGCACAAAUUGAGUCUUUCCUAGUUGACUCCAUGACAAUUUGUAAAUCAUUCUCCAAAACAUACUGUUAACUUGGUUCCUCAAGAAGUGCUCUUAAAAAGAUUAAAUGGGUUAGUCUGUUCCUACAAAGGAUAGGAGCUUUUUCCUCCCCAGAAUAACACCCCAGUGAUAUCCAGAAUAGAUUUAUACUGUUGGAAUAGGGGAAUGAGAUGGAGAAGAAUAUUAGGCUAAAAAUUCCUUGUAAUUUGAGAUUACAAAUGAGAUUAUUGCACUAUUUUGAAACAAGCAGAAUUAAUUUAUAUUUUUGCUAAUAUUGCACAUUGUGGUAUUUUCUUGCUUUAUAAUUUCAGGGCUCUUUCUUUUACCAUUAUGUCCUUUUUAUCAAAGAGAGUAUUUAAGUAUUAUCCUGGGUUGAGAUGAUAAGAAGAUGGCCUUGGUCCUUUUUCUAUGUCCUUCAUUUCAGACAGACGUGUGUCCACUGGAACCGGGGAUGAUCAACAGCCAAAUUCUUAGCUUCACAGUAACAAGCAGAGAAGUUCAACUCAGAACAUUAUGUUUUUGUUUAGUCCCCCAGUGAGUCUAGUAAACAAAUCAAAGAAGGAUUCUUUUAUUACUUUCCUUAUUCUUUGCUGUAUUCCAAAUCUGUCACAUUCCUUUUAUGUCUGCGUCCCUGCUGUAGUCAUACAAAGGGCUAUAGGUCCUGCCCAAAGGAAGAAGAACCAUUUUCCUCUCCUGCAUAUUGACAUACAGACUGAUUCUACUGACCAGAGAAAACACAGUCAUCUGGUCUAAAACCAUCAGUAAUUCCCUCUAUGACAUCUCUGGGAUAUGGCUUAUGCAAUCUUUACUUAAAUACUCACACUUUGCAAGGAAUGAAACUUGUUCCUUUGUAGGACAGAUCUGUUAUUUAGAAAAUUAUUAUCUGAAUUAUGUCCAAGGCAAAUUCUUCUUUGACUUAUAUUGACCAUUGGUGAACACAACUUAGUCAUACUAGUCUUUCCCAUGUCUAAAACAUUCUAUACCUACUGGAUAAAUAUUCCCAAAACUAUUUUCAGCAUGUUACUCCCCUCCUCAAGAACUCACAAUGACUUCCUAUUUUCUAUCAAACUCCUGUACUUUUUGGUUUUAAAGAAACUUUUUAAUCAGAUUCAAUUUGUUGACUUUUGAAAAUUGUAAUUAAAUAUUUAACAGACAAAAUUACAUUCAAAUCUUGGCCAUAUAGAGCCUUCCCUUCUAUGAGUACACUUCAAUCUUCUCUCUACAUAUCUUAUAUCUGAACAUACACUGUAUAUGUACUUAUGUAUCUUGUAUCUAUCUAAGUACAUAAAAGUUAUCUUCUCACUUUAGAAUGUUAAAAAACAUCCCCUGGGGAAGCUAGAUUGUGCAGUGAACAGAGCACUAGUCCAGGGGACGUGAGUUCAAAUGUGCCCUCAGACACUUUACACUUCUUAGCUGUGUGACCCUGGGCAAGUCACUUAA